AUGGCAACGGAGAUUCGUGGGCCGGGAUGUGGGAGGGAAGAGAGACCGGCGGGGGUGGGGGGGAGGGGAAGGGGGACAGCAGGGGUGGGGGGAGGGGAAGGGGGACAGCGGGCGACACGGGCCGGACGGAGGGGAGAGGCGGCGCCGUGGGAGCACACGAUGGGAGGAGGAGAAGAGAAGGGGGGAGGGAAGACGGAGGUGUGUGCGCGAGCGGGAGGAGAGGGCACGAAAGGAAAGGGGGGGAAGGGGUUGAAGAGGAAGGGCGGGAAGUGGGGCGGAUCGGGCUGGUGA